CACAGAUGGUUAAAUGUGAUACUCAGUUAAACUUUACAGCAAAAGAAACGAGUUAAUCGAGGCAGCUAUCGUUGACAUGUAUAGCGUGACGUCAAAAAUGUAUACAAACCAGCGCAUGUUGUUUUCCUUAGUUGCAUCAAGGUUACUAUUGCAAAGCUGAAUUAUCAUGUGAUGAAAGAUGACUGUUGGAAGGUAAAUACAUCGGAAAGGUUGUAGUGGAAGUCGAAAUCUGAGCAUAACUUUUGGUGACAAUGUUUGACAGCCUUCGUGAUAAGUUCCAUACAGUUCAAGAAGGGAUCGCUGCAAGUUUCAGAGGUUUAUCAAUAGUCGAUCCCCCACGAAGAUCACAGAUUAAUACCAGUGUAGUCAAUUACAAUGCUGGAGCAGAUGUGUUGCAUAAAUAUCAGUCACAGUGGAGUGAAAUGCAUAAGUUGGCUGAAGAAAAUGCAGUCAAAGCACAGGAGUUGGACAGUUUCAUAGGUUCUCUUCAUCAGAAGUUUGAGAAACAAUGGAGUGAUGUGAGUCACAUUGCUUCAAAUUUAGCAGCUGCUCCUCAGCUCCUCACAACAGUGCAGCAGUUGAUGGAACAGAUAGGGUCUUUACAAGGGUUGUUUGAAGAUGUAGAAGAAGCCUUGUUUCAGUUGGAAGAUAUGAUAGAAAUGCAAGAAUUACAAGAGAGACAACUGGACCAUAGAUUCCAGUUUGCAUUAUACAAAGAGAAGAAACUUAGUGAAUUGGAAGCUGUGAGAGCAAAUCUGGCAUCAGAACAUGCAGAUAAGGUGGUUCAACAUGAACUUAGGCAGCAGAAAUUAUUGAAAGAAAGACAAGAUGCUUUUGGAGAAGCUUUUCAACAUGAUGUACAACAUUACAAACUCUCUGGCUCAUUACCUAAGGUGAAAAAUAUUGGUGUUAUUAGGGGCCCUUCAUUAGAGGAAGUAACAUUGGAACCAACAGACACAGAGGAACUUGACAAGUUUCUUAAUGAUGACAGCACUACACUGCAAGCUAGUAGAGACAGCUAUUAAAAUGUGAAAAAUCCAGUAAAAUGAUUGGUCCAUGAAGAUGGUUAAACUGCUGUUAAUGACUUGAAUUGAAUUAUUAAAGAUUAUAUAAAACGUGUGCAAAUUACUAUUCCAUUCUUGUAUUAAAACCAUUUGCAUCAAUAAACACUAGCAACAUA